GUCUUAACAGUGCAGAAAGGGUCCCGGCCCGGUCUCCGCUGUGCCAUGGGGCAGUGCACCACUAGAGAAGCAAGUCCGCCAGUUCUGCCUGCUUCAGGUCCUUCCAUCAACUCGGUGGACUGGGCCAAGCGCUUCCAGGAUGCUGAGACCUUGGUGGUGCAAAGCCGGCAAGUCGACUCUGAGGCGGUCCGCAAUCAACGGCACGAGGCGGCUGUUGCUUCCAGCAACCUCAGUCGCUUCUCUCGGAGCGGAACGCGGACGGCCCUGGACCGGCCGAGCCAGUCGACCAUGCGGGCGGGCUUCGCAAAGAUGGCCACGUCGCUGCGCAUGUCCCGCAUGGGCACAAUGAAGCGCGACCAGAUGAUCCAGGAGGUCGAGAAAGCGGAAAGCGAGCCAGGGCUACGGGGCGUCAGCUUGGAGAGCCGCCUGAAGACCUUUGGCAUGCACGCACACUCGGUGACAAGACCGAGCCGAAAGCCACAUGUGUUUCAGAACCCGGAGCGACAUGGGCUAUGUGAGCAGAUGGUGGAGAUGGAGGGAGAUGGGAACUGCCAGUUUCGGACCAUAGCCUUCAACCUCUUCGGCAACCAGGAACAUCAUGCUGCCCCUCGGCAAGCUGCUGUGGCGCACAUGAAGAAACACACUGAAUUCUUCGGUGUCUUCUUCGAGGACCAGGCGGAGUUCUCCCGGUACUUGAAGAAUAUGGGCCGGAAGGGUACCUGGGGUGAUGAGCUGACUCUGAGAGCUGUGGUGGAAGCCUACGGUUGCGUGGCCCAUGUGGUCACCUCCGAGCCGAGCAACUGGCAUUUGGUCUACGAGCCAGAAAGUUCCGAAGUGGAUCCUGACGUGGCAGUCUGCCCAAAGGGCAUUGCGCUGCCGAAGCUCAGGAAGCAAAUCUUCUUGUCCUACAUCUCGCCCAUCCACUACAACGCCAUCGUCACAUGUGCAGCGAACUAGCACGCGCUGCAUUUCCUUUGGACGGUGAGUUUCAGCUGGCGCCUCCAAACAAGCAUUCCCCGAAGGGGGCAAGUGCCAAUGCUCCUGGUGUAUCACCAGCAUCCAUUACC